GUGUUUCCUAUUGUGUGUCUCGUGAGUGUGUUGUUGACACCGCCCCUCCGGAGGGUGCAACAGCAGCAGCAGCGGACACCGUCACUAGCCGCCUGACGGUAACAUCUGCCUGGUAUUAACACGUCUCCACAGCAACAACAUGUGCGGAAUAGAAAGCGUCCCCGAGGAGAAGAGGAAGAAGCAGCAGCAUUGUGAUUUGCCUCCACUUGUACGGACGUUCACCAUGUAGACGACCGACGGCUAGCUACUCACCUGUCAUUAAUUAGCCAAUGCUAUCGCCGCUAUUUCUAAGAUACGGUUGUCAUCGCGGUCGCCAGGUGAGCCAAGCGUCGAGCUAACCCGCAGGGUGAGCUAUAAACCGCACUAGAGUGGCGCUUGACCAUCGACUAGCAUAUCUGGAGAGAGGUAGCCAAACAUGGCAUCUCCCGCCGAGCACGACCUGGCUCUGUCUGAAGGCGACAGCAGCAAGGAGAAAGCUCAGGUGUUUGGGAUAUUGAGGUUACAGGAGGAGAAAUCUAGCGGCGGGGAUAAGUCGAACAUAAGCGGCACUGUGAGAGGCGGCGGGGGAGGAGAUGGACGAUGGCAGGCUCCCAUCUUCGCUUUAGCCAGGAAAGCAUCCGAAACCAUUUCAGGGAGCAUUCAUGUCCUGCCUAAAGUGUCGGAGAACAGAGCAUCCAUAACCGGAGAAUGGACCGUCCAAGACUUGCGGGACCCCAUGGCCAUGGAGCGAGCCAACCUGCUUAACAUGGCCAAGCUGAGUAUUAAAGGUCUGAUCGAGUCCGCUCUGAGCUUUGGAAGAACACUAGACUCGGACUACCCACCUCUGCAGCAGUUCUUUGUCGUCAUGGAGCACUGCCUCAAACACGGUCUGCGAGUGAAAAAGUCCUUUCUGGGAUUUAAUAAGUCUUUGUGGGGCCCUCUGGAGCUGGUGGAAAAAUUGUGUCCUGAAGCCGCCGAGAUCUCAGCCUCUGUACGAGAUCUGCCGGGACUCAAGACUCCUUUAGGGCGUGCCAGGGCGUGGUUGAGACUGGCCCUCAUGCAGAAGCGGCUGGCCGACUAUCUGCGACUGCUGAUUACCAGAAAAGACCUCCUCUGUGACUUCUAUGAGAAUUCAGCGCUAAUGCUGGAGGAGGAGGGGGCCGUCAUAGUGGGUCUGCUGGUGGGCUUGAAUGUCAUUGAUGCCAACCUGUGUGUGAAAGGUGAAGACCUGGACUCUCAGGUCGGUGUGAUUGACUUCUCCAUGUACUUAAAGAACGACAUUGAUGAUUACAGGAGUGAGGAGAGGAACAGUCAAAUAGCAUCCAUUCUUGAUCAGAAGAACUAUGUGGAGGAGCUCAAUCGGCAACUAAAUUCUACAGUUCAUGGACUUCAGGGCAGAGUGGACUCUCUGGAAAAGUCCAACUCUAAACUCAUAGAGGAGUUAGCUAUUGCCAAAAACAACAUCAUCAAACUGCAAGAAGAAAACCAACAACUGAGGAGUGAAAACAGCCUCAUUCUUCUGAAGGCACAACAACAUUUAGAGGUAUCUCAAGGUGACGUAUCCGUGGAGCGAGACACAUACAAACAAUCUCGUCAGGGUUUGGAUGAGAUGUACAAUGAGGCACAAAGACAGCUGAAGGAGGAAUGUCAGCUAAGACAGGUUGAGGACGUGGAGAACGAGCUGGUGGUCCAGGUGUCCAUGAAGCAGGAAAUGGAGUUGGCUAUGAAACUUCUUGAGAAAGAUAUUCAUGAGAAGCAGGACACACUCAUUGGACUGAGACACCAACUGGACGAGGUCAAAGCUAUCAAUGUAGAGAUGUACCAGAAGAUGCAGUCAUCUGACGAGGAGAUGAAGAAGAAGAACAACAUGAUCAGCCGUCUGGAGGAGAAGACCAAUCAGAUCACUGCCACUAUGAAGCAACUGGAGCAGAGAUUACAGGAGGCCGAGAGCCACCGCACCUCUGCCGAGGAGGGAACCAGGCGCUUCAAGAUGGACUUUGCCAACAAGGCCGACAGCCUGCAGCGGCAGAUCGACUACAGAGAGAAGCAGCUCCUGCAGCUGGAGACGGACCUGAAGAUCGAGCGCGAGUGGAGGCAAACACUGCAGAACGAUCUGCACCGAGAGAAAGAGACGGUGUCUCAGCUCAGGACACAGGCACUGCAGAUAAACGGCCUCAAGAUGGAGUUCCAUCGCCUCCAGGAUGAGAACUUCCAGUUGAAGAGCAUCUGUGAGGACCAAGAACAAGCUCUUGAGGAACUGGGCUCGAAACUUAGCGAAUCCAAAAUGAAGAUCGAGGACAUCAAAGAAGCCAACAAAGCUCUUCAAGGAGGCCAGGUGUGGUUGAAGGACAAGGAGGCCAGCCACUGCAAGCUGUGUGAGAAGGAGUUUUCCAUCUCAAGACGCAAGCAUCACUGCAGGAACUGCGGCGAGAUCUUCUGCAACAGCUGCUCAGACAACGAGCUUCCCCUGCCCGCAUCGCCUAAACCGGUGCGAGUGUGCGACACCUGUCACGCUCUACUUCUCCAGAGAUGCUCCUCCAAUCCCACUUGAAGCGGACCUCAAGCUACACUAAACAAGGUGUCCAGCUCUUUAAUGACUGUUCCCCACAAAGACACAUUUUUGGAAUAUGGAUUGAGUGCAUUUAGAUCAGUACUUGACAACUUAAUAUGGGACACUAUUUCCUCAAAUAGUGGCCUCCACUUGAAUAGAUGCUGUGCCCAAUUAAUGAAGGUCCACCACUAUUAGGAGGGAAAAUGAUCUGAUGGGAGUUCACUUAAAAUUUCAACUUACUUCAAGGGUGGGUCCAUGUGGGAUAAAUACAAGCAAGUAGCAUCCAGAAAACCAGUGAGCGAUGCCGUAAUACAAUAUAGAACACAAAAAAAGAAUUAAGUAUUUAUCUUCACAUUUUUUUCUUUAUUUGAAACGUGAAUAAAACAUUAUGAUUGUUUUUUGACAAGACAUUUUUGAAAAAUGCCGCCAAAAUUUGGAAUUGUUUUUCAUUGAAGAGCAAGAGUAUACACUGCCUGGCCAAUCAAAAAGUCACCACCUGCACAGUGGUCCGCAUCCCCCAUCCGUACAAGAUCUUGGUGAAAAAUGAAUGCGGCUCUGGAAAGAAAUACGUAAAUGUUGCAAGAUUGCAGAAGGCUGUAGAAACAAUGCCACAGCUUUUUUUGGGCCAGUGUACAAUGUAACAUUAUGUAUUAAUUUACUAUAAUAUAUAUUAUACUGCAGUAUUUAUUACAAAUAAAAUCGCUAAUCAUUACAAUUAAAUGCCUCCCCUGCACUAAUAGGCGCGGUUGACUAAAUAUUCCCUCUUGGCUACUAUAUGAGGAAAUACUGAAAAUUGCUUUUUACACAUUUAUUGUCUAACUGUAAUUCACCCGGAACUACACUCACAUUGGGCAUGUAUUGACAAGUAGUAAGAGUGCAUGAGAAAAUCUACAAGAUUGAACAAUGAAAUACAGUUCUAGUAGUCUGGCUUGAUCCUUUAAAUUGUCACAACAUUGUCUGUUGCUGAAUGUGAAAGUAUUGUGCUUUCACAAUUGAGGGGGCUGAUGGACUUGCCCCAUGAUAGUUCUAUGAAUGCCUGAUUGAACAUGACGACUUCACAGUAACUCUCAGCAGGCACUAUUUUCUAAUAUGACUACAUAAUGUCAGAUCAAAGUGUGCCACCUUGUGCCUGUGCUUGACAAAAGUUGAGAAGCAACAUAUUGUGAACUGAAUUGAGCAUAUUGACAUGAAACUAAAAUAAGCAACUAAAAGUACACAAAGUUUGCUGCUGUCAAACGAUUCCUUCAAUGAACAGUGUUGGUGCCACUUGAGCUUGUGUACUCAUCUCAUGGUGCCAAAAUGAGCCAUGUAUUUCUCUUUGGGGUACAAUAUGAGUAUCAGCAAUGGUCGUUGGUCGAGAAGUCCUAGUAUGUUUGAGGCCUGAAUGCAGUGAAUGCUGCUUCAAUGACCAGUAAGACCACCACAUGUUGCAAAUAUCUCUAUUUUUUUCAUUGACAGACUGGAAGUUGUUGAAACAAAUCCAUGUUAAUGACAUGAUGACCUGGACAUUUUGCCAUAUAGCAGCUUUUGUUUUUUUGUUGUUUUGAUUAGUCCUCUGUUCACUUUCAGGUCUACAUGCUCAUCUGCACAUUUUGCUGUUGUACAAUGUUGACAACUUAUUAUUGUGGAUACAGUUUUGUGGAUAAAGUCUGAUCAUAGGUAUUAUCUAAUGAUUCUGAAUUACACCCAGGCCUCAUUUUAUAUAGUGUUUCUCAGUGAGUCCCAAUUCUCAAUGGGAUUUGGACCGUGUUUUAGUGCUUAUUUUGUUAAUCAAAGUGGAUGUUAAUCUUUAAUCACCACAUUGUUAAGUAUUGACAACAGUACGCUGCUUUUACGGUUGAUUAAAUUGAAACAAACAAA